AGCUUGUCAACAAUUUUGCUGUCAAAAUGAAAUGAUGCAGAUGUGUUUCGUUUGCUCAUCCUGUCUGUUUCUGUCCCUCAUUCUGUGUCUCCAUUGGGCCUCUGCUGCAGCCAGACCCCGAGUGUUGUGAAAGUGUGUUUAUAAAGUCAAUCCCCGAGCUGUGACCCCACAGUUCCCACGCUAACUGCUGCCUUCUCAGGCCCUUUUCCACUUUCUUCAUUCCCGUGUACACCCACACGUGCAUGAACACACACUUGUACAAAGAUACACAAAGCUAUAAAUACAGCAAGGCUGUGAAUCGGGUUUGAUGUAGCUGCUGAAGCAGAGCUUUUGGAUCUCAUUUAGAUUCAACUGAUGAGGAACCCAUGUCCUAGCAAUGGGCACCAUUGAGCUUUUCAGACUUAUCCUGGCCUGGGGGGGGGAGUAAGUUGGAGGAAUUGAAGGGAGGCUUUCACCAUCUCCCUUUGUUUCAACCCCUGCUUGUUUUUCCUAGCCUGUUUAUGCCAUCCAGAAGCAACCACUCAGAAAAACUUUUUGGCUGGGUGUGAAUUAUUUCCCCCUCAUUAUUUCCCAAAAACAAACCAGACCAUGCAGCUUCAAUAAUAAAUAUGUUUCUGCAAAAAAACGUUACCUUGGAACAAAAGCAUUUUGAGUGCAUGGAAAGUUUUCAUGCUGUGUCUGAACCUGCGUCAGAACUGCUGUAAUCUUAUAUAAUCUCACACUUUUGUUUCUCUUUUAUACACAUUACUGUAUUUUCUUGUCUACACUACUGGAACUUUUGUGUAUUUUGUUUUUCACUAAUUUCUAUUUUUACCAAUAAAACGCACACAACAUGGAUGAAGUGAGCAAGUAAAAACAUAGCAGGGAUCAUAUUAACAGGAUGUAUUGUCUGAGCUUGAGACUGACACAGAAGGAGACCAUGUGUUGCAUGAUUGCAUGAAGCCUGAAACCUCCUGCAGCUCCAGACAGGAAAUGCUGUCGCUUGCUUGCAGGAGGGUGUCUCUAUGGAAACCAAAGCAGGUGAGGGCAUUAACAGGAAGAGGAGUAGAGGCUCAGCUGGCAAAGAAAGGGGGUGGAGACGGAAGAAUGAGGUCAGCUCGCUAAAAAGCUCGUCACAUCAAACCAGCUGAAAAUCUCCCGUCGAUACUUUUACCGACUCUGACUUAAAUAUCUUUUUUAGAUUUGCCUUUAAAAAAAUCCAAAGUGGAAGUUAAGUUGCUCACUGUUUUUAAUUAUCUUACUGUGCUAGCGUGUGUAAACAAAGAGUGAGGCACUAUGUGCAAGCUGGAGAGCUGCACACUGAAGACAGCAAGGUUCCCUGGCUGACCGCAGUUAAGAAGCAUCGAUUGGAUUGAAUUAAAGAUUAAGAAGCUCUUCGGAUAACCUGCUGCAUCUUUAACUUCUUCCUUGUGCGAAAUAGAAAACGGUUAAUCAUGCCAAUCCUAAAACAGCUAGUGUCUGGCUCCCAGACCAAACGCCGCUCACGCAUGGACCUGACCAGGGAGAUGAUCAGUGCUCCGCUGGGUGACUUCCGCCACACUAUGCAUGUUGGCCGCAGUGGUGAUGCGUUUGGAGACACUUCCUUCCUCAGCACGCGCUCAGGGGAACCUCCAGAGACCACAUCCUAUCCCAGCUCUCCACGGCCUAGCCUUCUGUCUCGCACCUUUAGAAGUAGCAAACGCUCUCAGUCAGUGACCAGAGUGGACCAACAGAGGGAUAACGCCCUGAUGGUCCCUGGCGGGUCACCCACCUAUGUGAAGAAUGCCAUGUCGCUGCCCUUCCUCAAUGACGGAGACAGAGACAGCUUGGUGGCAAAAAGUUUGUCGUCAAGUCCGUUAAAGCAUGGGGAGGUGGAUGGGAGAGGUGCUGCCGCAGCUACUCACUUUCUGGAGCUGGAAGAGCGAAGCUUUGGUGAGCUGACUGAGCUUCCUGAGAGCUCGCACCACUAUGGAGGUGGCAUGAAGCACGCCGUGUCAGUGAUGUCAUUCCAUGUUGACCUGGGACCCUCCAUGCUGGGUGACAUCCUAGGGGUGAUGGAGAAGGAGGAUGACGAUCUUGGCUACGAGGAGGGCAAGAGCAGCGAGGGCCGUGCCUCGCCACCUCUCAGCACCCACGGGGAGGAAGAAGAUAGUGUGGAGAGAGAAAAAGAUGAUGAUGCAGAGGAGCAGAUGGAGGCACAGGAGGAAGAAGCAGCAGAACUGCAGCAGCAGGCCUCUAUGCAUCCAUGCAGCUCUGUUGAUCUGGGUCCUGAGAAUGGAGGGCCCUACACCCCAGAGUACACUCCAGAAACUCGGCCCAAACACUUGCAACAUCUAGACAGCUGCUCCAUGUCCAGCUCUGGCUCUGCUGCCCUGGAUGAAAAACCAAGUAGCCUGACCUAUGCAGGAGAUACAGACAGUGCCACCUUCAGUGCUCUGCCAGAGGAGGAGAGCAACUUCUCCUCUUUCUUGGAGGAUGAAGACGAUGAGAUCCGCGUAUGAGUUUCCAAAGCCGCCGCCUUUAAAAAAAAAAUAAAUGGGACAAAGAUCUGGAAGGGGUUUAUGUGAAAAUGGCAAGUCCUUUGACGGUGUGGAUUUGCACUUGAACGGAAUGAGUCACUGUUUGGUUCUGUGGGGAAUGGAACUGUGAAGAAGACAGAGGACUCCUGCUUUGUAGGUCUGCAAGGAGAGACUGACUGCUCCUUUAGGACGAGCCCGAGCUCCAUCUGUCAGAUAGGCUUGUCCUCUACUUUCUGAAUGCCCGUCAAUCCUGUCUCUGCCUUUUGAACACUGAGGGAACUGACAUGGAAGAGCACCCGCUUUUUAAAUAUGGAACAUUCCAGAAGUAUGCAGGGAGGACUGGUUAGAAAGAAACUUUUGUAGGAAAAACACUUUCCAUAACUAAAGCUCAGUUCACGCUUCCUUUCUCCCUUCUCACUUGACGUGUCACAUGUGCUUUUUUCAUUUGGUUUGCCUGUGCUCUUGUUGUGUUUUCUUUCUCUGACUGUGGGACAUCAAGAGGGCUGAGCAGAAGAAGAGGCCUCUGUCACCACAGGAUCACUUCGAGGUAUCUUGUCACAAUAAAGGGGGUUGUGUUUGGCACUGUAGUGUGAAGCCCUGUCUUGUGCCUCUUUCAUCUGAAACCAUUAUAGUAAAGAGCCAUAGAUCUGUCAGAAUUUUCUCCCUUAUAUAACUCAGGGUCCAUGUGACGUUGCUCAAAGGCUGCCGUUUCCUGCUGUGAAUCUAGACCACAAAGCCCCAGACCAAAAUUCUCUUCUGUUUUUAAUUCACUGUGGGCACCACGCUUCGCUUCAGUGUACAUUUGAGAAAAGCAGAGUUGUAAAGCUAAUGGAGGUACAUUGGCCUGCAUUCAUUAUAAAGCAUGGUGUUACUACAGGAAACCUGAGGUGUGAAGAGUGGUGUGUGUGGUACAUUGCAGGGGGAACUGUGCACUGUGUUUGUUAUGCUUUUCUUUCAUCCUGAAGGCAUAAAGAUAAUGAUUUUUACAAAUUUCAGUGAACUGACAUGAAUUUGCCACCUUCCCUCCACUAAUCUGUCAUUUCAAGUUGAAACAGAAAAGAGCUUGAUAACCACUUCCUUCCUUGUUUUUGUACAUCCGAGCAGCUGCAGUGGUGCAACUGAACCAUGCUGAUCCUCAUUAGUCCAGGGGCUGCCUUAAUGUAUAAAACAGUUUUCACUACUAAUCACAAGGAGGGCUUUAGUGCAUGUUUUGGAAAAUCAGUGGACAAACAGGCACAAUUAAACCAGACACUACUAGUAUUUGGUGUUUAGUACCUGUAGGUUGUUUUUAUUUUUGCUAUAUUUCUUAUGCCUGUGUGAAAAGUGGAUGAAAAAGAAAGACAGCCAGCAAAAGCAUUAAAAAAAGAAGAUUGCUAUCUUUAUGCAAGUUGCAUAGUCAUUGCAGCUUCACUGUAUCUCUUGCAUCAUUAAAAGAUGUGGCCAGAAGUAUUGAGGCUCAGCUGCGCUGAUUGACUUUACUGCCUUAACUGAAAGUGACAGAUGUGCCAAAUUAUAAUUUUCCAGCCAAAAAUAAUAUCAGUCGUGAGUCUCACUGUUGGGAGAGCCUGUCAAAUCCUAUCCUUUUUGAAUUUAAGUUCAGACUGAGUUUCAACACCUAGGUUAAAAAUAUAAAAUGAAAAUAUCAUUCUGAGGCGUGAUACCAUGCUGGGGUAAAAAGGAAAUGAAUUAAUUUGCAAAACUGGAUAUUUAUAUUUCCAAUUUCUCAAACACUACAUAACAUUCAGGUAAUUUUUAGGGUUAACAAUUUUGUGAGAAUGGGAAGUUGUCUGUGUUGGCCUCUGUGUGUAAUGUUGUGUAUUAUGCCUUACUGUUGUCUUCUUUAUUGAAUAUUUACAUCUUUUUUUCUGUAUUAUCCCAAAUAACCUAUAUUUUUCAAUAAAAGAAAUGCUGAACAUCUUUACAGCUGCAUAUUCAAUUGCCAGUUUGUCUCUGUGCAUCAGAAGAUAAUGCAGUAGAAGUGGUUCUCAGUCAACAGCAUUAACAAAGGAAUUCCUUGACUGCCUCGUCUGUUUCCUGUCACUAUUCUCUGACUCUCCCAGAGGAGGAAGGAAGGAAGCAAUCGAGGCCUAUUUGGACAUGUCUCUUAAGUUUUAACUGUACGAGCUGAGAAUGAUGUUAUGACUCAUGAGUGUGUGCGUGUGUGAGGGAGAGAUAGAAGAGACCCCCAUGGAGUAGCUACUCAUCAGCACAAAUGUGGGAGGGGUGAAGGAUUUAUGGAGGGAGGAAACAUUUAUCAUCGUGCCGAGCCGCGAUCAUAAACAAUGAUGGCAGGUGAUUUUUCUCACCUUGCUGAUUGGAGGAUGGGUGAGUCUUGCACUCACGUAAGACCAGGAUCCUGCCCAUCAUCGUGGACUCAUGAACUGUUUGGUCACUUCUGAUUUUACAGCACAUGCUUUGGCUUUAGCGAGCCCUUCACUGCUCGGUCAAAGUUCAACGCACCCUGAGUGGUUCACACCAGGCGCAGACAGUUCAAGGUCUCACUCACAUUAAAGCUGCAUGCUGAAAACACAGCCCUGUUCUCCUCUUUUUCUUGAUUCAGUCUUUCAUCCACUUCCUGGGAUGCUUAAUCUCUUUCCACUUUGAUUUUUUUUUACAGUCCCGUUCAGUCAGAGGGCUGGAAAAAAUUCAUUAUUCUGAUACUUGUGGUUAAAAACAGGCCAUUUAUAUUGAUUGUUGUGGUCAAUACAAACCAGUGGGGUUAUUGACUGUAUAAAGUCAUCUGUCUUUUUUGA